AUGGACUGUGCAAGAGCUGACUCUGAGUGUGGAAGAUGGGGCUGGCGUAUCCAGGAGAAGGAUAUUCUCCAGUGCGUCACCUGCCGUGAGGUUGUUUGUGCAAUUCUACCUGAUGUACGGGAUUUCAAAGCUUAUGAAAAGUACCUUAGUCUGUUGAAGAGCAGGAUAUUGGAAGCCCACAAAGAUGCCUGUGGUUGGAAACAUAAUCCAAGUCCUGAGGACUCUACAUACCUUGAUGUUGAAGCUUUAUCAAAAAGUCUUGGAGCAGAUAAAGACCUUAUUGUGGGAUUGUUCCAAAAUGAUAGCACUGAUUAUGAAGUCCAGGCUUCCUCUGUGCUAUUGGUAUUGAGUGGAUGGAUUCGUGGUGAAGGAGCAUAUUUAAGGUGCAAAGUCUGCAGAAGAUCAGUGGGACUCUGGAGUUUCAUAACCAGAGCUGAUGAAUUAGAAAGCACUCGUGCCAUCUCUCCAGCUCCUACACCAUCAGGGAAGAGAAAAAGACAUGAAGAGCAGGUUGAGGAGACUGCAGAAGAUGAAGAGAUGGAUCAGGAUAAGGUUGAGGGAUCCAGUCCUGCAGGUAGUAGGAUAUGUCCACCGCGGAAAUGCAAACUCCUGAAGACCGAUAACAAAGGCAGUGACAGUCGGGAGAAAAUCACUGAAGAAAACAAAACAACAGGUGAAGAAGGUGAAAGAAAAGGGGAAGAAAUGUGCAAAAGGAGCAGGAAAAAGAGAUGGGAGAAGAUGGUGAGAAGGAGAAGGAUAAUGGGCAAAAAGAAAAGACAUAGCUAAGGAAGCA